ACUUCACUUCAUGGUGUUCAAUGCCUCGGUGCUGUACCUCCACACGGUGCGUCCUCUCCUGCAGCCGGGCCGGUGCUGCCACCUGGUCCCCUCCUUAAAGCAGGUGCUGCAGAGCCUGGAGGAGGUGUCGGACCCGGACCACAGCUGGAGGGCUGAACUCGGCCUACACCUGGUCCGAUGCCUCGUCGACUCCGGACAGGUGGAGGAGGCUGCACGUUUAGCUCGAGUUACAGAAAACUUCAUUAAGACACAAACUCCUCAGCUUUACUCCAAACUGUAUAAACUYCAGGUAGAAUUCAAACUGUCAGAAGAUGAGCUGCUCGUUGAAAGCAGCAGGCAGAACACAACCUUAACAGUCAUUUAUAAAAUCCAGGAGCUGAAGAGGRGGCUGAAGAUGAAGAACAACCUGCUGACAGCAGAGGAUUCUGGGAAGCUGGAGGAGAUUUUCUGCCUCCUGUCAGAUCGUGCCGAAGCCACGCCCACGAGCUCGCUCCAACAGUCCACACCUGUGCCCGUCUCUGACAGAGCUGCCUUCCUGCUGGAGCUGGCUCUGCUCUCCCUGCAAGCACAGCAUCAGAAAGUAGCAGCCGACUGUCUGAAGGAGCUGAAGUCCUGUGGAGAAACUAGUCCGGACCGUCUGAUGGUGAUGGAAUGUGUCAGCUGUGAAAUGAACCUUCUGAAGGAGGCAAAGAUGAACGAGGACCGCAGAGUCAGUGUGGCG